AUGACUUGGAGAACCGCCAAGGGGAAGGUAAACCCUGUGUACAAUAUUGUUGUCACUUUUGUUCGUGAGGUGGCCGAACAGACUUUGGAGCUUGAGGAUGUAAAUCCUCUUGAAGCUGUGAGAACUUUUUUGUUUUCUGAAUUUAAAAGGUUUUUUGAGUUUUCAGUACGUCGGCGAUGUGAAAAUUGCAAGUUCAGCACAAGAAGUGAAAGAUUACAAUUUCUAUGAUGAAGCGUGAGUUAAAAGUUUUCGUACUCUCUAAAAAUUCAAUAAGUUGGAAAAACUAUAAAAAUUUCGAUGAAAAAAAAACUGAAACAAAAACGAAUUAUGUUUUUUUCUGGAAAGAGUUGUGAAAAAAACCAAUGAAAAAAAGCUCUAGAGGCUUUGAAUAUUUAUUGAAGUUUUGAUCUCAUCCAAAAAAAUUUUUAACUGCCUGAAAUAGUUCUUAAAAAAAUUCUUAAAAUAAGUACUAUUUACUUGAAACUGAGAAAAUUAUUCCUUGCUAUCUUUGAGAUGUCCAUCCGACGAGAACUACGAAAGCGAUCAGAUCCUGAAGAUCAUCAAAGAAACGACUGCGAGCGAUCAAGUGACAGUGGUUUGCGAGCACAGAUGCCUUGGAGUAUGAGCAUAAUAUCCCUAUUUAUUUUUUCUCUUUUUUUCAGUUGACGCUAAAGUCUUUUUUCGAGGCGAACGUGCGGUUUGUUCUUAUCAAAAGCGAUGACCGGCGGUCUGACAUGAGCUAUUCAGAAGAAGCUUUGCAGGUUCUAUAAAAUAAAUUGAUUGUUGAGAAUGAAUCGAGAAGUUCAGAAGCUAAAGCUGCUAGAAACGUACAAAAAUUUGAUUAAUGUGGGCUCGUUACUUGAAGCUCGUCAAGAAGCGAUUUGUGUGGCUGGUCGGGUUCUCAUAGCAAACGCUUGGCGCUUAACUUUUGGCGUUUUGGAAGAUUUUAUUCAGGUAAACUUUUUUAUAUUUUUCAAAACGAGAUAGUCUCGUGAAAUUUACCGUAAACUUCAUUAUGCGACUUAGCGAAAUUCAGAAAUUCGUAAUAUUCAUUAAAAGCGUGUGUUUCAAUAAGAAAGAUUUAUAACUGUCAAAUGUUCAAUAUCUUGCAUAUACGCUCAGUUUAACUAGAUACUCAGUGAUAAAAUAUUAUAUAUGUUUUUGUGUUCGUGUAAAGACGGAACGGAGAUUGUUUUUUUUCAGUUCACCAACUUUGAAAAUUAUAAGUUUUGCGACAAAGACAUCAAAGCUGUUGGAACUUUGGACGCUGCAGUGGUCGAUGUCGUCAAUCUCAAAUCGCAGCAUUGCGUUUCUCGCUUACAAGAAGAGCUUCCGGCAAGCAAAUGUAAAUGUUUGUAUAUUAUGGUUGAAGAAAUCGUUUUCAGUUCUUCGUCAGUUCUCCACAUCAAGAGAAAAAAAUGGAACACUGAUCAUUGCUAUGGCUCAAGCUCUCCUUGCUGAGGUGAAUCCAGAGAGAAGCUUGAGAAAAACACGAAACUUUGCAGAAAGUGGUGAUGCUCUGUGUUCUUGGUAAGGACCAGUUUUGCUUCUUGGUUCCAUAUCAAGAGGAAGCGGAAGGGCCUGCUGAAAUGCUUCUUGCGAUGGUUACAAACUGAAUAACUUAAUCUUUAUUUUUCACAAACGGGGUUUCAUUUAGGUGGAUGAAACUAUACCGCAUUACUUGGCAAACUUUGCGAAGAUGAGUUUGGUAGAAAAUGACCAUCGAAGAGAGGGUAUUGAGCUUCCGAUGAGAGAAAGCGAUUUAGUACCGAGCUACACUCGGGGAAGUGAGUUUUGAUUUUCUGCUCAAAGUUAAGAAAACUGUUAUGGAAAGAAUGUGAUGAGUUCAAUAUUUUUUGGUUGCUGUUCUAUUUUCUGUCGAUAAACCAUUAUUGAAAAAAACCAAUGUUCUCAACUGAUUGAUGACGUGACUGUUACAGCAAGCACUUGGGACUCGGUCGACGGCUUUUCCUACGAUUUCAAUAAACUUCAAAGAUCUCUCCGAAAGCUGCCUGAAAGGCUGGGAACCUUGCAAACCGUAAGUUUUUUGUAAAAGUUUUUUUAAUACGUUCACAAAUGUGAAGGUUCGACUGAUUUAGUGAAAUGAGAAACUUAGCUUUCUCAGAAAAAAACUUGAAAGUUGAGAAAUAGGGAAGCGUAAAAUCAUGAUCAAAUUUUUUUUUUUCCGUUUUUUGAGCUUUCAAAAAACUUGAACAUGUUGUGCUUUCUAAUUUGACUACAAAAAACGUCGCAAAAAAUAUAAUGUGAAUUUUUUGAAGGACGUCGAGCGCAUCAAGGCUUAUGCCAAAGCAAUCGGUGAUCCUUCUAUUUUACGAAUCUUCGCGAAUUACAUCCGAACUGAAGGUUCUAAGAUGGCGGAGCCUACACCAAGAUACGCAGAAGACGCUGCUCGCCGUUUAGAGUACUAA